GUGUUGAGGGAGAACUGUUGAACUGCAUUGAAACUCAACCAUGUAAUGUGGACUGUGGUUGGUCGGAGUGGACAGAGUGGGGUCUUUGUGUGGGAGUUUGUGAGACCACAUCCAUCCAGUGGUCGUAUAGAACCCCUGACAACCCUCCAAAGUUUGGUGACGGUGCAGAAUGUGUAGGGGAGAACAGACGUAGCCAGCCCUGCUAUACCGGACCAUGUGAAGAAUGUAUUUACAAUGGACAAGCUAUUGAGCUUGGUGCCCAGUGGAACAGCGGACAGUGCUCUGUUUGUAGCUGUCAGCCAGGCAGGACUGUUUCAUGUCAGAAGUACUGUGUACAUGACACAUUCGGCUGUCCGGAGGGAACCAAUCUUAUUGUACCAGAUGGGGAAGAAAAUUGCUGCUACUGCUCAGCUUGUCAAGAAUAUGAGUUCCACUGUAACAACGGGAACUGCGUCCCUGGUGGACCGACGGGCGUGGUGUGUGAUGGUAGCGACAACUGUGGUGACAAUUCUGACGAACUUGUGUGCGGUUCCACACCACCACCCUUGACUACUGAAGGCUGGACAAGUUCUACACAACUAGUCCAACCAACUGUACCAUCUCCCGCAGCUACAACAACACAAGCAACAAUGGGACAUACUACUUCAACAACCAAUGCUGUAGCCAGUGAGACCACACCAAGUCUGACCAUGACCACCCAGCCACCAGGGCCAACUGGCACUAGCACAACAGUUACCAUGGCAACUGGGAAAACAACAGAAGGGCCAGUCAUGACCUCAACUGGUCAGACAGCUACCACAGGGUUCACAGUUGCCGGUACAACCCAACUCAGUCCUACAACAGGGCAGUUUGGCACACAAACAACUCAGAAAUCCUCAGAGGUUACAACUGCUACAACAGCUAAGAGUGUUGUCACCAGUUUUGAAACAUAUCCUACAGUCUCUACAGUCACAGCACCAAGCACACCACAGGUCUCAACGACACAACAAACAGAGAGAACACAAGCUUCUAAUGGUGAGACAACAUCUGCCAAAGUUACAGCUCCAAGGUCUACAACUUCAGCUGGGGGGACAACUACAAGUACAACUGUUGUUGGUACCAGCACUACACAGACUACAACAUCUCAUGGUGUAACUGAAGCCACAUUGAAGCCAACAGAGUCUACAACAACUAGUGGUGUUGUAGGUACAACCUCUGAAACUACAGGGAUUACAACAACUGCUGGUGUAACAGAAGCUGCGUCCAAAACAACAGGAGCUGCAACAACUAGAGGUGUAGCAGAGUUCACCACAAUGGGGGUUGCUACAACCGGCACUGGUGCAACAUCUAAAACAACACAGACUGCAACAACCAAAGGCAUCACUGAAACACCAUCUGGAACAAUGGGUACCACCACAAUCGGAGGUGUGACAACAGAGAUAACAACCCAAAUGACUGGUGUAACAGAAAUGCCGUCCACUUCAACAGGUGUUGUAACAACCAAAGGUGUUACGGAGACAUCAUCUAAAACAACAGGGGUUUACCCAACCACAGGUGCAAUGGAAACAACAUUUAAAACAACAGGAAUCACUACAACAGGUGGUGUAACUGAAACAACACCCAUUACAACAGGACUUGCUACAACUAUGGGUGUAACUGAAGCAAGUUCAACAACAACUGGCAUUUCAACAACUUUGGGUGUUUCUGGAACAACUUCAAUGCAAGAAGCUACAACAACUACUGCGCCUGUAACAACCAGUGCACCAAGCCCUACAACACCAACUAUAGUUGAUGAGACAACCACAAGUACUGUACAAACAGCUGGGACAACAAGUACAACAAGAGGGGCAACAACCAGGACAACAAGCAAAACAGCAGGGAGAACAACUUCCUUUACAACUAACCAACAAACAACUGGCACCACUGUUGGGACAACAGCAGGUACAACUGUCAAAACAACUGGUACAACCAUGGAAGUAACUGGUGCAACUACCGAGACAACAAUAGGUAAGACAACUACUCAAACAACAAGUGGCAUGACCACCCCAUGGACAGUUAUUGGAACAACAGGGAAAACGACCACUGCAACCACUGGUAGUACAGCAGCUGAGACAACAACUGGGACAACCAUUGGUACAGUGGGUAGGACAACUAUUGGCACAGUUAUUGGAACAACUGGCCAUACAGCUGCCACAGGGACAACCACUGGAAUUACUGGUACAACAACUGAAACAACACCCGGGACAACCAUUGAUAUAAUGGGCAAAACAACCAUUGGAACAGUUGUUGGUACAAGCGGGAAAACAACAGCAGCUACAACUGCUGGGACAACCACUGAAACCACUGGUAGAACAACUGAAAAAACAUCUGGGACAACCGUUGCCACAAUGGGCAAAACAACCAUUGGAACAGUUGUUGGUACAAGUGGGAAAACAACAACAGCUACAACCACUGGGACCACCACUGGUAGAACAACUGAAACAACAUCUGGGACAACCAUUGGUACAAUGGGCAAAACAACCAUUGGAACAGUUGUUGGGACAAGUGGCCAAACAACAAUAGCUACAACAGGGACAACCACUGAAACUACUGGUAGUACAACAACCGGGACAACCAUUGCCACAAUGGGCAGAACAACCAUUGGAACAGUUGUUGGUACAAGUGGUGAAACAACAACAUCUACAACCACUGGGACUACAACUGUAAUGACUGGUAGAACAACUACUGAGACAACCAUUGGCACAAUGGGCAAAACAACUCCUGUCACAAUUAUUACAACUGGGAAAACAACAACUGAAACAACUAUCCCUACAACAAGCAGUGCAAGCACUGAGACAACUAGCCAGGUUACAACUGGAACAAUAGCUGAAAAAACUGCCAAGACAUCAAUCAAACCAACAACACCUGGAGUAAUCCCUGAGACAACGGCCCCAACAUCAACUGAAACAACACCAAAAACAACCACUGAAACAACUGCCCAUCCGACAAGUGAAGCAACAACAAUUGGGACAGCUACUGAGACAACUUUUCCUAUUGAGAUGGCUACCACAACUGGGACAACCAUUGAAACAACUGCCAAGCCAACAACCAAGGUAACAACUCUGGGUACAACAACCAAAACAACUGUUCCAUCUACAACUGGGAUAACAACAAGUGAAAAGACAACGCUUGCAACAACAACUGUUAUGACAGCCCCAACAACAAGUACAGCAACAACAACACUAGGGACAACCACUGAAACAACUGUCCCUACAACAAGUGCUGGAACAACAACCACUGGAGUUACAACAGCUGAGGUGCCAACUGAGACAAUCCCAACAAUAGCAACAACAACCAGCCAAACAACAACAAGUACAACAGCCAAGGAGGAAACAACCAUUAUUUCAAGUGUAGGUACCACAUCAAGGACUACUGCGACAGCUACUGCACCAACAACACCAGCUGCAACAACUACACAAGAAACAGAAAAGAUUACAACUGUCACAACCAAGACAACCUCAACAGUGCCAACUACAACAGAGACAACAGUUUCACCAACGGUGACCACCUUUAAAGGGUCAACAGUGGAGAUCAUUCCCUCAACUGUUUCCACCACACAGGGAAGAACUACAAUAGAAACAUCAACAAGUGCCCCAUCUACAGUGGAGACAUUAGGAACAACAUUGCCAGGCCCUGCUACUACAGAGAAGAUAACCACAAUAAAAACUUCAGUACCACGGACAACUCCAGGGCCUCUUUCUACCACUGCUGAAACAGCCACCACUGUGUUUCCGGUCUUUACCCGCGAAACAACCACCACUGGCGCCGUGUCCACUCAGGAAGUGACCAGUCCUGGGUCUGCCACCACCACUCAACACUUGACCACUGGCCUUACGCUGACCACUCCACUGGAAACAGUGACCAGUCCAAUAGUCGAAACAACAACUGGGUCGGCAACAACAUUGACAACUGAGAGUAGAAAGACGACUAGUGUUCCAACAACAGUUCCUAUUACAACAUCUACAACUAUGUCUACAGCUGCAGCCACUACGAAGACUUCCGCGGCCACCACAAAAGCGCCAUUUACAACAAAAGCGGUAAUGUCUACAACAAUCCCUGGGACGGUAACGACAACUCGAGUACCGGCAACGACUGGUCCUUCGGUGUUUACGACAGCGCAAGGAGUGUUGACGACACCAACAAUGGUGGUAUCUACAGCUCCGACCACGAGUGUUCCGUACGCCACAUCCACGGUCGCAGUCACGAUCAUUAAAGGGGCAACGCCGCCGCCAUGUUAUGCCUACUCAUUUGUGUGUGACAAUGGGAACUGUGUGCAUGGGAGUGACGUCUGCAAUGGUGUCAACGACUGUGGGGAUGGAUCAGAUGAGAGCCAGUGUGGCACAACUAUCCUUAGUCCCACAGGAUCACCAUCUCCAAGAUUUACCAGUGCAUACACCACCACCCCGUAUGUUGCCACCACUACCACAGCGUAUGUAGCAUCCACUGCAGCCACACCCAACUGUACAGAUAUGCAGUUCCACUGUACUUCAGGGGAGUGUAUCUUCUACUCACAAGUAUGUGAUGGCACGCCAGACUGUGUGGAUGGAUCUGAUGAAAUUAACUGUAUUGACUGUAUUGUGAGCCAAUGGACCAUGUGGGAGUCCUGUUCCCGUACGUGUGGAGUCGGUGUCGCCAAACGUACCCGGACUGUGCUUCAGGAGGCUGGGGAUGGGGGGCUGCCGUGCGAGGGACCGUAUAUGGAGUCUCAAACCUGCUUUGUGGAGUCCUGCCCUGUUGAUGGAAACUGGAGCCCAUGGUCGCUGUGGACCACCUGUGACGUGACGUGCGGCGGCGGUACCAGGUUCCGAUAUCGUUCCUGCUCCAACCCACCUCCCAAGAACAACGGACAGUACUGUGAGGGUAGCUCAGGGGAGAUGGAGUACUGCAAUGAGACACCAUGCCCUGAGGGAUGCCCCGAGGGAAGGAUAGAGGUAACGAAAGAAGAGUGUUUGAACGAGGAGUUCCACCCCUGUCCUCAGACAUGUGCAGACCUGAGUGAGCAGAUCAGCUGUACUACAACCUGUGAUGAAGGUUGUUACUGUCCCCCAAACACCUACCUUCAGAAUGCCACCUGUGUGGCUAUAGAAAAGUGUCACUGCACCUACAAUGGGAUAGAGUACACUCCUGGACAGAAGAUUUCUGUGGACAACUGCACAGAUUGUGAGUGUAUCAAUGGGGAAAUGGUCUGUACAGAACAUCCCUGUCCUGUUCAUUGUGGUUGGUCAUCCUGGACAGCAUGGACACCAUGUGACCAAACUUGCGGAACUGGUCUACAUGAACGUUUCAGGUCACCAAACAACCCCCCUGCCUCAAACGGAGGACAGUUGUGUGUGGGAUUCAGUCGGCAGGUGGAGACGUGUGUUCUUACACAAUGUCCAGUGAUUACCCCAGAGUGGAGUAGCUGGAGCUCCUGGUCCAACUGUACCUCCCCCUGUGGUCCGGGGGAGAUCGUCAGAACCAGGUACUGCUACGUCACCCUGGAGGGAGGGGUCAUCCUUCCUACUGGUGGUUGCCCUGGCAGUGACACAGAGACAAAGGCUUGCAACCUUAAAGACUGUGAAGAGGAAUGCGAUGACACGAAGGUUCACCUGAUGUGCGGAGAGUGUCCACACAGUUGUCUGGAUCUACAGGACGGUGUUGCCUGCACCAUCGGAGACUGCGUACCAGGCUGUUACUGCCCUCCCGGCAUGGUGCUACAGGAUGGGAUGUGCGUCACACCUGUGGAGUGUCGCUGCAGACUGAUAGACGUCACAGAUACAGGUGAAACAGUGGUGAAAGAAGUACCACCUGGGACCGUGAUACAGAGGGGCUGCAAUAAUUGCACUUGUUUGGAUGCAAGAAUUGAAUGCCCAGACAUUCCUUGCCAAGUUGAUGGAGAUUGGAGCCCCUGGUCCUCUUGGUCCCACUGUAGUGCCACCUGUGUGGGGAACGAUGGUGUGGUUGGUCAACAGGUUCGCUACAGGAGCUGUAAUGACCCUGCCCCUGCAUACGGAGGUCAGGAGUGUGAGGGGGAGUAUAUGCAGUCACUGGACUGUCAUGCUGACAGAUGUCCCAUUGAUGGUAACUGGAGCCCAUGGACCACGUGGACAGAGUGUUCUCAGUCAUGUGUCGGAGGCAGCAGGUACCGCCAGCGCACAUGUGACAGUCCAACACCAGGGUACGGAGGAUCGGACUGUACAGGGCCACCUGCUGAGAGUCAGGAGUGUGGGGCUCCAUGUGAGGAGUGCCCCCCAGGUAUGGAGUAUGUAGGAGAGGAGUCCUGUGGGACCACCUGUCCUCGCACUUGUGCUGAACUCAGCUCACAGGUCAUGUGUACGUCUGAGUGUCUGGAAGGAUGCAGAUGUCCCCAUGGCAAGUUGCUGCAGGAUGAGGUAUGUGUGGACCCUGCGGAGUGUAGAUGUUACUAUGAAGGACAGGAGUAUGACAUUGGAGCUGUCAUCAGGGUGGAACCAUGUCAGAACUGUACUUGCAUCCAAGGCAACAUGGUGUGUAGCCAGGACCCAUGUCCAGUGGAUUGUGGCUGGACUCUGUGGUCAUCUUGGGGCAACUGUACCAAGCCGUGUGAUGGAGGUACGAAGAGGAGGUACCGUAGCGGCUCCAACCCUCCCCCUCAUGAUGGAGGGAAACCAUCACCGAUAGGUGGUUGGUCCCACUGGACACCCUGGAGCGACUGCAGCGUGACGUGUAGUAACGGUACCCAGUACCGCUAUCGUACCUGCAGUAACCCACCACCACCCGAGGGGUGUCUGGGAGAUGCAGAGGAGCACACGUCAUGUGACGCUGGGCCAUGUAUUUAUGAUGGAAACUGGAGUCCCUGGUCUCCGUGGACAUCAUGCAGUAAGACAUGUGACAUGGGCUUCACAGCCAGACACCGUGAGUGCAACAACCCCCCACCGUCUAACGGAGGGGCCUACUGUGUGGGCCUGGGGUCUGAGGCUAAGACUUGCACCCUGGAAGAAUGUCCAAUCCCUCAGUGUGAGAACAUCACUGGAAGUUUCUUUGACGAGUGUGGUCCCAGCUGUCCCAGAAGUUGUGAGGACAUUGAGCACUGUUACUGGUCAUGUGAGCCCGGCUGUUACUGUCCGGAAGGUCUGGUUCUGAACGAAAACAGAACCGCCUGCGUGCAACCAGCCGAAUGCUAUUGUCUGGAUGUAGAGACUGACCAGAGGUACCCACCAGGAGCUACCAUACAGAAGAACUGCAAUGAGUGUGUGUGCCAGAAUGGGAGAUUCGAGUGCACUGAUGAGCCCUGCCCUAUUGAUGGUGAUUGGUGCCCGUGGACCAAUUGGAUGGGCUGUACCAGGACUUGUGGCUUCUCCAUGCAGCACAGGUAUCGCACCUGCAGUUGCCCCGAGCCGGCACAUGGGGGCGCUAUGUGCCAGGGUACACAAACGACUGCCAUGAGGAUCGGCAUCCAGAAGGAAAUGUCAUCCUGUGAUGUGCCUACACUUUGCCCAACUGAUGGUCACUGGUCACCUUGGAGUACAUGGUCAGGGUGUCAGGAGUGUGUCCCUGGUAGCGAGACCAGGACUCGGACAUGCACGAACCCUCCACCAGAGAACAACGGCCAGCCGUGUCAGGGAACGUCUACACAGUCUCGUACCUGUCACCUUGACCCCGUGGAAUGUGGCCCUGAAUGUGUGGAGGGCUUUGUUAUGGCCUGUCGGUUAGGUCCAAGGUCUUGCAUAGACAUCUGGGAAGGCACCGAGUAUGUAGAGAAUACUGCGGAGUGUCAGUAUGAGUGUGGCUGUCCAGAUGACACAGUUCUAAACAACGGCACCUGUACAUCUAUCAGUCAAUGCCCCUGUCGGUUUGAUGUCAAUGAUUACCCAGGAGUGACAGAGGUGCUGCUUUUGGCAGAAGGAGGGCAGUACGGCUAUCUUACACCUGGUCAGGUCAUUGCUGUGGACUGCAACCAAUGUGUGUGUGUGAAUGGAGGGCUAGACUGCACCGAUCACCAGUGUACCACCGAUGGGGAAUGGAGCACCUGGUCACCAUGGUCCAACUGUACUGUCACUUGUGGAGGAGGGGUCCAGUACAGGUACAGAUCAUGUGACAACCCUCCCCCGUCCUAUGGGGGCCUGGCUUGUACUGGUAUGGGAGAGGAGGCUGUCCACUGUAACACACAGGAGUGCCCAAUCCAUGGCAAUGUUGGAGAGUGGAGCCAGUGGACUAGUUGUUCUGCCAGCUGUGGUGUCGGCAGCAGGACUCGCCAUCGCUACUGUAACGACCCUGAACCUCUCCACGGAGGCAUGUACUGUGUAGAGUCACUGGUGGAGACCUCGGACUGUAACCUUGGAGACUGUCCAGAUAAGACAUGUGUCGGAGGUAAGGUGUACCAGACCUGUCCGCAGCAGUGCCCCAGGACAUGUGGUGACCUACAGGACGGAGUGACCUGUGAGACCACGGCCUGUGUGCCUGACUGUGGCUGUCCCGAGGGACAGGUGGACCUGGGAGGAGUCUGUGUGCUUCUGUCAGACUGCCCCUGCAGAUGGAACCUGGCCUCAGACAGUGACGGCAACCCCAUAUAUGGGGAACAGUUUGACUCUGGGGAAGUUGUCAGCUACAAAUGCACCAACUGUACAUGUCUAGAAGGACGAUUCAUCUGUAAUGAGGAACUAUUAGUGGUACCCAACUGGUCAGCAUGGAGCUCCUGGACCACCUGUACAGCCAGUUGUGGUGGAGGCACCCAGUACCGCAGUAGAACAUGUGACAACCCGCCCCCUGUCUGUCAGGAUCUGAACUGCAUAGGGCAUGACGAGGAGACAAGAUCCUGUAACACCCAACAGUGUGAAACUGGCUGUCCACCUGGUAAGCAGCUGCAACCAUGUGGGAACACCUGUCCACACACCUGUGCUGAGAGGACAGCUGACAUCGCCUGUGUGGAGCCCUACUGUACCCAGGGAUGCUUCUGUCCACCUGGGAUGGUAGAGGAUGAUGCUGGCAACUGUGUUCAGUACUGCCCCUGCACAUUUACAGUGACUGGCCUUGGUGCUGAAGGUGAGGUUAUUGGACAGUUGUUGGACGGCUCCCCUGUGUACCAUGGUCAGGAGGUUGGGUCUGGUGAUGUGGUACAGGUCAACUGUAACACCUGUACCUGUACUGAUGGUCACCUCACCUGCACAGAUGAACCCUGUCCUGUUGAUGGUGGAGUGUCUAGCUGGACUGUAUGGACCAAUUGUUCUAUGACAUGUGGAGGUGUAGGUGUUCAGGUGCGCACCCGCACCUGUAACAGCCCUGCACCUGCACACGGAGGACAGCCGUGUACCGAGACACUGUUCGACACCAAGUACUGCCACACGCCAGAAUGUCCAGUACCUGGAGGCUGGUCAGCCUGGACCAGUUGGAGUUACUGUACGGUGACCUGUGGCGGUGGGGUCAGCCAUCGUACCAGGACCUGUAGUAACCCUCCCCCUGCACACUUUGGACCUGACUGUGAGGGACACAACACUGAGACUAUAGAGUGUAGUCCUGAACCUUGUGAGCUUGGCUGUGAGGGAGGUAAAGAGUACACCGAGUACUGCACCAGGUGUCCUCGCACCUGCAACGAGCUCGCGGGGAGGUCAGAGUGCGCCGCCAUGGAAACCUGCCAGCUGGGCUGCCGCUGCCCCAACGGAACCUACGAACAAGAUGGCUACUGCAUCCUGGCGGAGAACUGCAAGUGCGAGAUUCCGGAGGAGAUACUGGCGCGCGCUACGGUGGCACCGUUGACGAUGGCCUCAACGUUUGAUAGCCUGACGUUUUCAGAUGCUGAGCCAUUGUCAGACCGUACCACCUUGUUCCCACAGGAGGUGAUUGUGGGGGAGUGUAUGGUUUGCAUAUGUUCCCAUGGAUUGCUGAACUGCACUGAAGAUGAAAUGUGUGCUGCCCCGCCCAGUUGGUCCAGUUGGUCCAGCUGGACGCCAUGUUCACGACCUUGCAUCACCGGGGUCAAGGACAUGGGCAGCAGCAUCAAGUCCCGCCGGCGUUACUGCAACAACCCCCCUCCCCGGCCAGGGGGGGAGUACUGCGAGGGGGAUGAUAUACAGGAGGUCACAUGUAACGUACCACAGUGUCCACAGCCGGGAGGCUGGUCCACCUGGAGCCCAUGGUCCCCCUGUAGUGCCACCUGUGGUUCUGGUACCCAGGUGAGAACACGGACGUGUGACAACCCACCCCCGGAUGUCCCCAGUCUGACCUGUCCUGGUGCCUCCCUACAGACUCAGGCAUGCUUCGCUGAAGAGGACUGCACAUCCUGUCUGCCCAACAUGGUUUACCACAGCUGCCUACCCUGCCCACGGACAUGUUUGGAUCUACAGGAGCAUGUGGAGUGUGUGGAGCGUGACUGUAUCCCAGGAUGCAGCUGUCCUGAAGGACUGCUGAUUGAUGGAGACUUGUGUGUGGAGAGGGAGGCCUGUCCCUGUGUCAUGGUCAAUCCAUUCAUUAAAGCUGACAGACCUGUGCAGUAUCCAGCAGGUAGUCUGGUCACCAUAAGCUGUAACAACUGCACCUGUGAGCAUGGUCGGUUCCGCUGCACAGACCAGAUCUGUGACGUAGACUGCACAUGGAACCCCUGGUCACACUGGACGUCAUGUACAAAGUCCUGUGGGGUGGGCAUCAGGACCAGACAGCGCACGUACCAGGAACCACACGGCAACGGUGUCAAGUGUCGUGACAUGUCCUACAACACUGAGACAGAGGCGUGUAACACAGAUGCUUGCUCAGUUGAUGGUGAAUGGAGCACCUGGAGCCAUUGGACGGAGUGUGAUGCCACCUGCGGAGGCGGGACCACACGAAGGUCACGCACCUGCUCUGCACCUGCGCCAAAGAACGGUGGGCUGGGAUGUGAGGGCCUAGGACAGGAGCUAUCAGUGUGUAAUGCAGAACCUUGUGGACCAGAAUGCCCAGAAGGCCAGGUACCGGACCUGUGUGUGAACGAGUGUGGGUACAGGUGUGAAGACUUUCACCAGGUGGAGGUGUGUGUAGAGGAAGAUGACUGCAUUCCUGGCUGCAGAUGUCCCAAUGGCUUGUUACUACAGCAUGGGGAGUGUGUACCCCCGCCUCUGUGUGAGUGUGUGGAUUACAAUGGUAACAUUGUAGCACCUGGCAGUGUGGUACAGAAUGACUGUAACAACUGCACUUGCAAAGCUGGUGUCUUUUCCUGCACAGACCAGCCCUGUCCUGUUACCUGUGGUUGGAGCACCUGGUCUACCUGGACAGACUGUAGCACCACCUGUGGACAGGGUACACAGAACAGAUUCAGGUCACCCAACAACCCUCCAGCCUCCAACGGCGGGAAGGAAUGUACAGGUGAGCACGUGCAGUCGCAGGUGUGUCAGCUGGACACCUGUACACCUGUCUGCACCUACGACGGGGUGGAGUACCAGGUGGGAGACACCCUGUAUACAGCUGAAUGCACUGAGUGUACCUGCACCCCCAAUGGUCUGUCCUGCAUCAAUAUCAACUGUUCAGCUCUGGCUAGUUGGGAACCGUGGGGCACCUGGAGUGCAUGUGAUGCCACCUGCGGAGGUGGGAAGCAGACGCGUACACGGACAUGCACGGCCAGGACUCACUGCUGUGACUAUGCCUGUCCUGGACUGUCAUUGGAGCAGCAGCCCUGCAACAUUCAAGACUGUCCCACUACAUCGCCAUCCUGCCAGGUUCACACCGAGGUGCGUAACCUGACUCACAACAGCUGCGUGGCAGACAACGUCCAGGUCAGCUUCUGCACCGGGAAGUGCCCGUCCUACACGCAGAUCAACGUGAUGCAGCCGUACUACCAGACCGUGUGCGAGUGCUGCACCUUCACGCUGGACGCCCUGCAGCCGGUACGCUUUGUCGAGCUGGACUGUGGGAACGGGGAGAAGGAAACAACGGUACUGCCCAGGAUCGAGCGAUGUGACUGCAUAGCUUGUGCUGGUACAUGA